CUAUCUUGUAUAAUGUAUAUAAUAAACCCCCACUUCUCUUCGCUGAAGCCAACCGUAAUCCCAACUUAAUUGAAAUCUGCUUCUUCCUCCCCUUUCUCUCCGUAUGGGUAAUGCAGUGUCUCCAUGUUUUCAACAAAACUCAAACUCAGCUGUUAAAGUAAUCUUUUCCCAAGGCACCACCAGACUCCUCAGAGGAAAACACAUCGCCGGAGAGAUCAUGUUCGAGUUUCCCGACCAAAUGGUUUGCCAUGCAGACUCCUUCUUCAUCGGUCAACCUAUUCCGGCCUUGUCCAUCGACGACGAGCUGAUGCUCGGCCAGACCUACUUCGUUCUUCCCCUCGAUCGCUUCGCAGGCAGUGUGCUGUCCGCCUCCUCUCUCGCGGCGUUAAACUCGUCGAGCCCUAAGAAUUCUCCGAUAAAAUUCGGGGACAGCCCCUUCGAGUACAUAAAGGGUUCCAAUGGAAAGGUGUUAAUCAAAGUUGCGCCGGAGUUCAUUACCAGGCUGAUUACAAGAGGUCAGGAAAUGGAUUCCGAAAGUCCAGGCAAUCGUUUGCUCUGUAGCACACCGGAGCUUCAGAAACACUACGAGCAGCUUGUUGGUUCUAAAGAGCAAUUGUGGUCGCCCAAGCUUGAAACCAUUUCUGAGCAUAAAAUUAGGUUUUCACCAUGCAGAUUCAUAGGGCUGGAGUACUGGAAACCGAAAGAGACGCAAGUGUAAUACAAUUUACUUCUUCUUCUUUUUUCAGACAGAUCGAUGAAAUCACUUGAUUUUUCCCCUGUACACUGUGGCAGUAAUUAGAACACAAAGAGAUACAUAUGCUUAGUGGCAAAAAGAAAAAAAAAUUGUGUAUUCUUGCUGUUUUGUUAAUUUCAUUCUUGUCAAUGGAUUAGUUGUUCUUAGAAAAAUUGAUUCUUUAGUUUGUAACUUGUAUAUACAGUCACUUAUUAUACAAUCUCGGUCUUU